AACUAUUCGUUGUCAUCAUGUCGUUCAGUGUUCGUUCCGUCACACAGACACACAUACGUGUAGAAAAAAAUAUAUAAUGAAAAUGGUUCACUUAAUAAAUAUUGUAUUGUUCACUGUGAUAAGUGGAAGCGUUCACGCCGUUAUACCCGACUACAUUAAAGUUUGCAAGCGAGAACAAAACACUAUCAAUGAGUGCGUCAAAAAUUCCAUCUACAGCCUCCGACCAAACCUCAUCGCUGGCAUCCCUGAGCUGAACGUACCUCCUCUAGAACCGUUCUACAUACCCGAGAUCGUCGCUGUCAGCGGGGACUUGCUGCCGUUGAAAGCAUCUGGUAAAGAUGUUAAGGUAUCCGGCGCCGGAAACUUUACUAUAAAGAGCAUCGAUGUCGAUGUUGAUACUCUCUUGAUACACGGUAAAGUACGUUUCCCACGCCUGCACCUAGACGGCCGCUACAACCUCGACACGCAGAUACUCAUCGUGCCGUUGAGAGGAGAAGGGAAUCUGGUGGCUGAUGCUAUAAAAUGCGACGCUGACGUGGUUUUGAAGGCGGAAACCUACAUGAGGGACGGUGUGCAGUACAUGAAGUUCACCAGUAUGACUGUGGACAUCCUCAUCAAAGAUUACCGUAUCAGACUGGACGGACUCUUCAAUGGAAACAAGGCUCUGGGAGAUGCAACCAAUGAAGCAAUCAACCAAAACAGAGGAGAGUUUUUGAAGACAAUGCAGCCUUACAUAGAGAAAACAGUCGCUAAGAUACUUUUAGACGCAGCGAACAAAAUAGUAUAUAACCUUCCGUUAGACGAAAUGUUACCUAAAGUUUAGUUUUAUAAGAGUUAUAAUAUAUUUAUAUAGAAUAAGACAAUGUAAUGUUAGAUCAUCACAAAUGUUUAAUACUUAAAGGUAUUUAAACAACAUACGUACACGUUCUAUUCCAUGUAAUCAGCGUAAUGUUUAAAACCCAAUAACAUUUGUUGCAAAACGAAAUCACUAGUUGUUAUGUACAUUGCAUUAGUUAUUUAAUAUUUUCGUAUACCGAAAUGACCCUAAUUUUUUUCUACGUAAUUUUUUUUUUACGUAACCGUAAGCAACGUUAUUUAUUUCGGCAACGUAUUAUAUUACGUGUGAUAAUAAUUUUGUAACGAUAAUUACAGUUACAGGCAAUUGUAUUUAUUUAGUUCCAGUUGUUUGAAAUUUAUUAUUUAUUGUAAAUAAUUGAUAUAUAUAUUUUUAUUUUCAUGCAAAUAAUAAAAUAAUUACGUUUCAAUAUAAA